AUGACCGUCGAAGACGAGAUAGCAUCUCUCGCGAUAAUCGACUACGAAGCCUUAGCAAACAAAGAUGGGAAAGAGAUCCAGAAGCUCGUCCAGGCGUGCAAAUCCGUGGGCAUGUUCCACCUCAACCUCGGCAAUUCUAGGAUAAAGGAUGUCUACGAAGACAUCCCAAGUCUCAUCCAGGCUGGAAAUGACUUUUUCAAUCUGCCGGGAGAUUGUGAGGAAAAGAAGCAAAGUAUCCACAAAGGAAUGGAACGAGGGUAUCAUGCUGCCAAGACAUUCGAGUACUACGAGGUAAGAGUGUUCAUUCAGAAAGCUAUUCUCAUUACUCAAUCAAAUCGCGCCAUGCAGAUUGCCAGAGAUGCGUAUGUACAGGGCGAAUGGACCCUGCCCGCUAGCCUGGUGUCCCACGAAAAGCGCAUCACCCGUACCCUGCUAUCCUUGCACGGCGCCAUUCAGACAAUCUUGACCGAGCUCUGCGCUGCCGUGAAUGUGGAUAUCCCCGAGCUGAGCGACGAUCCAUCCGUUGCCAGCGACACUGCCCUCAAGCUGGUGUAUAAGCCUCCAGUGCAAGAGGCUGGUGCUGUGGUCCAGCCAUGGCACACCGAUUUCGGCCUCAUGACGCUAAUGUGGUAUAACGAGGUGAGCGCACAGAUACCAAUCUACGACACAGACGGCAGAAAAACAGAGCGCUGGCAGGCGGUCCCCGUUGUCGAGGGUGCUGUUCUCGUCAACAUUGCAGAUGAGCUGGAGGCCAAAUCUAGUGGCCAGCUGCGAUCGACUUUGCACCGUGCGGUGACUCCACCGGGACCCAAGAAGUUGAGGAACGGAAUGGUUUAUCUUCUUCGGCCAUACAAGAUUUAG